AUGCCUGAACAAGCAAAUGUUGAACAAAAGAACAUGAUGACCGAUGGAGGAAAAAGUGGUUCACAAAAGAAUGAAAUGCAAUUUUCUAAAUGCAAUCUCCUUUGGCAGAUUUAUAAUGAAAUAUCAUCUUCACGACAUAAUAUCCUGACUUUCUUAAGGAAUCAUUUGAUAGUUAAAACGUGA